GGAAGGCGCGACUGCUUCGCCGCGUGAAGCAAUUCAGAGACUACUAUCAUGCACGCCAUCCAUUGAUUCAGCGUAUUCAAUCUUUGCUCCUGCUACGAUGACGCACGACAAUGUUCUCGAAGAGAGCCAAGGGGCAAUCGAUGAGACUGAAGAAGAUGAAGAACCAUCUGUCGUCCCAAUUUUGAUGGAUCUUACAGGCAGGGCGAAGACUUUGCUCUCCGAACUACAAGCCUUCCAGGAACAUCUGCGCAAGCUCAAACAACAACGAGAUGUCGAACUUGCACAUUUUCGAAGCACUGUGCAGUCGGAGCUGAGCAUGCUGGAACGUCUAGCCUCGAAACCGGAUGGAGCGCAGACGAUACACAUAGCCAGAUCAUCAAAUUUACCUUUCCUCGAGACGAUCUGGAACAUUGCGAAGAAGUCGAAAAAUUUGGUGGCUCUGCAAAAGGCCGUAUACUUCAACAAUCCCUCCAAGUCGCUCUCACAAUCCCUGCAUCACGUCGAUCUCAAUGCAGAGGGCAAUGGUACAAGACCGGGUCGCAAGAGUGAUCGCGCGACUGUAGACACACUGACGGACGGCGGGCUUACUUGGACGAAGGUAUCACUGGUUACCAACACUCGUCUGCUGUUCGACUUGGCAAAGCAAGGUUGGCAAUCAGAUGGAUCGGAGGAUGAUGAGGAAGGAUCAUUUCCUGUAUCCUCGGACGACGACGACGACGUGCCUCUGGUCAAGACAGCUAAGGAGCUUUGUCUUGCUUCGCACUCAUAUCGUGUCCGCACACGAAAGCCUGUGGUCAACCUGGUGCUACCACGAAUCAUUCUCGGCGAGACCGACGAGAUCGAUAAAAUAAUCGCAAAGUGCCGAGCUGCGGGUGCGACUGUGUUCACUGAAGAAGAUCUCGUACCGGCACCAGCAAUCACUGAUGCUCUGCACAACAUGGCCGCCGAUCCCAUCGACGACUUCAGCUCGACCCUGAACAUCGACUGCACAAUCUUACUCGCGUUGGUGUCCGAGUUCUCGCACGCCAAAGUCCACAAAGAGCCUUGGUUCCACAAGUCGCUGCAGCGACAAGUCGAGAUUGAAGGGAAUGAGAAUUUGCUGCCGGCUAUAUUAUACCCUGCGCUGGGCGCUCGCAGUCUCGUUUGUACCAGAGAGGCUGCAGUUCGCAUGCAAGAGAUUGUGGACACAAUCGGCACACCAUCCGAGAAAGCACGCACGGCCAUUCUGAUGUCGGACGACGCAGCAAAAUCACAAAGCGAACUAGUCGAUGAGAUGCAGCAAUGGUCUUCAUACCUAGUGCCGAAAGAGUGGCAACUGCCAAUUCGAGUCAUCGAUCAGGAUGAGGAUGAGUGUCAGAAAAGCCUGCCUCAGGAGGCGCUCACUGUUUGUCAGAACAUGACUGCGAUCAAUCGAUCCGUAUUCGCCUAUGGCUGGGCCAGUGGGAGGACAACCAUUACCAGCAAUCGUACUGUGGUCAAGCAGAUCGAGAACGAUCUGGAGAAGUUCGAAGACGUAGACGGAUCUGUCUGGCCAAAGAUCUGGCUCUGCGCGACCGCAAGAUCACUCGUCGGAAAAGAAAAGACUCGUCGUGACGUGCCCAAAGAGGUCAAAUCGGGUGCUUGGCCGUUACCAGAUCCCUUGAAGCGUGAGCAGCAACGUCGCAACGGUUUGGAUGUCUUGCAGAAGCGAGCAGGCCACGACGUCGAAGAUUUACGGCCGAAUGGUUAUGACUGCGACGAUGUGAUCGAGGCCAAGCUGGCAGCUGCCCAGGCUCUGAAGAGCCCAGCGUCCUAG